AUGCCGUGCCGGAGCAUGGCGGAGAACGAAUGCGAGAGUCCGACAUGCUUCAACGACUUCUGGAGCGUGCUCGGCUGCCAGGAUGAGAAGCUCAGGGAGAUUCGACUGGAGCGACGCCGCGACCUUCUCCAGGGGCGGACGCUGCUGAACAGUGCUCCAGAGAAGCCGCACUUCCAGGUCGACGACAGCCCGGAGAGUGCAGAGGAUGUCCUGUCAUCGCGCUUCUUUUGCUGUCGCCGGCGCAGCGAGAAGCCUCCGGUGAGGGCUGCGGCGGCAAAGCCCUGGGUUUGGGCUCCGAAGCCAGAAGAGAGCGAGCUCGAUCUGGAAUGGAAGAUCGUCGAGCACGAACUUGACGCCAAGUCGAUGGCAUGCCUGCGGAGCUUCCGCAAGGCAGUCGUGGAGGCUGGACUGGACUCUCACCGCGCUUGCGCAAACACGCCGCACUCGCAGCGGCCGGGGACGCUGGUCAGGUACUUGAGGGCCAGGAACUGGAAUCAAGAGCUGUCGAUGGCCAUGUUCCGCGAUGCCUUGGACUGGCGCCGAGACUACGACCUGGACGCCAAGUUGGAGGCAUGGAGGGCCGAAUGGAAGACGGACUCGACACCACGCGUGCAGCUGUGGAGGAAGUACGGCUACGUCAAGUGCAUCGGCCUGGACUACGACGGCCUGCCUAUUUGGCUGCACCGCAUGAGCCAGUGCGAUGCCGGAGGGCUGGUUCGCGAAGCCGGGAUCGAGGCCUUCAUCCUCUUUCACAUCGCUAUCUUGGAAGACAGUUUCGCGAGGGCACAAGAGAGGAUGAUGAAGACCGGCAAGCUGAUCACAAACUUCGUGGAGAUCUACGACCAGGGUGACUACGGCCACGUGGACGGCUACCUGCGUCGGGGCUGGGGCAGUUGGGAGGGAUACAAGCAGAUGAUCCCAAUCCUGGACAAGGUCUAUCCGGAACGGCUUCGCGUCUCCUUCCUGCUGAGGUGCCCCCGCAUCUUCGCGGUCUUCUGGCGUCUGGUGGAGCCCCUCCUGCCGGCUACAACAGUCAAGAAGAUCCGGAUCAAAGGAUAUGCUGCUUCGAGCUUCGUUGAAGAGCUCAAAGAAUUCAUGGCGGAGACCACUAUUCCGCCAUUUCUCCGUAGUGACGACAAGUCUUUCCUGGAGACCGCGGAGCCCUGGGGUGGCUGGGUGCCGUCGGGUGCAGGGGUGCAGUGA